AAGGGAAAUAUAUAUGACACGAGCAUGUGGGUGGAGUACGGCCGUAGGGGUGCGUCUGUGGGUGUUUAGAAAGAAAGUAAGUGCGGAGUGGUCCCACAAACAGGCUGCGGCAUUGAUAAGCGGCUGCCGGCUUUGGGCUUUGGGCUUUGGAUCCCAUCUCCUCUCAUCUCAUGUGACUCCUCCUCCACCCCCUCUGCGCCCUCAUCUCACCUCUCAAGUGCGGAUGAAUUUAUGCAUAAAUACAACCGCCACCCUAAGACCCCCCUCUCCAACCCUUCCCAUCUCCCCUCGCCACAGUUUGCGACCUUGACAGGAAGGAACCAUGAAGCAUAGCUCUCGCUCCCAUGGGCUUCUUCCCCUCCUCCUCCUCCUCCUCACCAUGCUCUCUGUCUACACAACAAGAGCUUCUCGUCUCCUCUCGCAGCCAAAACUUGAUGCGAGGGUCGAUGAUGUUACACUCCUGGGCGAUGCAGCAGAGACGGAGGAAAGAUAUUCUCGGGAGCUGAUGGAACUGGAGAAGUGCGUGGAAGAAGAUGAUGAAUGCUUGAAGACGAGGAUGAUCUCCGAGGCCCAUCUGGACUACAUCUACACGCAGCGUCACAGGCCAUAGGAGGGGAAAGAAGCGAGAAAGCGAGCGUCUUAGCUUCAACAAACCACCGAUGACGGGAUCUCGCAAGGCCGUUCUGACCAUUUAGUAGUAUAUGAUAUAUUGCUCACCAAACCCUAUGAUGUGAUAACCGGACAAGCUGUGGCUCGAACAGCAUUAUAUUUUACUAGGGAGUAUUUUAUGGGGUCAGUUUACCAAGUAAUGUCAGUGGGCGUGAUGUGAACCGACGCCACCUUAGUAUGCAACUACUAUAUAUUUUCUCCCUGUCCGCUUGUUGCCCAGAUUCGCUGCUUUUUUUAUAUAUAUUUUUAAGUUUUUAUUUA